AUGAAACUUUUGCUCUUAGUCCUCUGUGGUCUAAUUUCCCAGGCUAUAUGUUUCCAGUCGUCUCCCGCUGUCAUCUUCUCCCACAGCCUUGUUCCGGGGAUAUCACUGAAACUCGCUUCGCCUAAGCCUGUUCCCUUCUCGCUCGAUGAAGUCACUUCUGUGGCAAAUGAAUUAGUUGGUCAUUGCUCAUCCAAUGUAUACGUUUUAGUGAGCCAUCCCGGGUUGACCCUCCAGGACCUCGCCAACAAGCACCACUGGCCGGCAUUGCGCCAGGCGAUGAGUCUGUCCUCCACGCUCCUCACGUUUCCGCACACGCGGGGGGUCUUGGAUCUUGAUGCACUUGAAAAGACUAUCAUUGAGCGAUGUUCGGCUGAAACAAUCACUUAUAACGGGGACUCCUGGGUAGACUUCAAGCAGCACGAGUUCAUCGAUUCUCGCAAGCGGGUCGUCCGUUUGACCUUUCCGCCGUUGCCUACCGAUCCCAAAGAGCGCAUCGAGGCGCUAUUGGUGCGCGACACCACGUUGGGGAUGAUGUUGAAGCGGAUGCCGUCUCCCUACCAUUCGGUCGUCUAUGUCAGUGACACGGCUCAGAACGUGCACCCAAUGCCACCGGCCUACCAGAAAUCGCAACCUGAGAAGUAUGAAAUCUUUGCGGACCUUUCGCAGCAUCCUUCGCGGCUCCACGAGGUGGAGCGUAACAACCAUUUCGGCAAGAUCGAGCCCCAGUGGAACCAGCCGCGUCACAACGUGUUGAUGAAGAGUGAUAACGAGAAAGAAGAAGGAGGACUAGCCAUUGAAUCUUUGGCCAUCGUUUCUGAUCGAGCAAAGGUUUGGUCAUCUCUUGUCGUACUGGACACUCAGCUGUCUGGAUUAGAUCCUAUGGAGUUAUAA